AUGAGUUAUCAAGGCUACGGAAACCAAGGUGGCUACGGCAACCAGGGCGGCUAUGGAAACCAGGGUGGCUACGGCCAGUACAACCCCUACGCCCAGAAUAAUCGGGACUUGGAACGGGGCAAUGGCGGCUAUGCGGAAGGGCCGACGUCCAUUCUCAACAAGUGCAAAGAGAUCAACGAUGGCAUUCAGGAACUCCGGGCCAAGAGAGAGGGACAGCUCGCCUUGGCGCAGAAUGCUCUGCUGGACUCUAGCACCGGCAAGGAGGACCAGGUGGCCCGCCAGAACCUGGACUACAUCGAGGACGAGAUCAACAACACUUUCCGUUAUCUGCGGGAUCUGAUGAAGAAGGUCAAGCAGACCCCCGGCUCGGGAGACCCGCGCGUCCAGACCCAGAUCGAUGUGACAAGCCGCAAUCUGCAGAAGGAGAUCCAACAGUACCAGAAGGCGCAGUCCGAUUUCCAGAAACGACUCCAGGAGCAGGUGCGGCGACGCUAUGAAAUCGCCAACCCGAAUGCGACGCCCGAGCAGAUCGAACAGGGUGUGCAGAACGUCCUCAUGGGUCAGGAGCAGAGCUUCCAGGUUACUGGCUCUAGAACGCGACAGGCAAAUGAUGCUAGACAGGCCGCCUUGGAGAGAUCGGCAGCCAUUCGAAAGAUCGAGCAGGAUAUGAUCGAAUUGGCUCGGUUGUACCAGGAGGUGGCAGAACUCGUUCAGCAGCAGGAGCCCGCCAUAGAGCAGAUUAAUCAAGGUGCAGAGGAGGUGGUGGACAAUGUAACCAAUGCCAACAAGCAAAUCGACACCGCCAUCGAGAGCGCUAGAAGGGCUAGGAGGUGGAAGUGGUAUGUUCUGCUUGUCAUCAUCCUCAUCGUUGCCAUUGUUGUCGGUGUUGCCGUGGGCGUUACCGAAGCCAACCGCAGCACCCACUAA